AAAGUGGUUAUGCCAUGGCUAAGAGAACUCAAGGGAAACAAUAAGCAUAAAUCCUCACUGGCUUGUGUUUUAUCGCUUGAUUUUGGUCCUAACUAUGGCCACCAUGUUCACUAAAAUGCUCAGUUUUUUUGUUGUUAUGCUUUUGGCAUCCAACAAAAAUUCCGCUGGACUCACUUCAAAUCCUAAAAUCAGAUGCAUAGAGAAGGAGAAGCGAGCUCUCCUCGAGUUCAAAGAAGCUCUUAUAGAUGACGGCAACUCUCUCUCCUCAUGGGGCAGCGAAAACGAUGAAAAGGAGUGUUGCAAAUGGAGAGGAGUCGAGUGCAACAAUCACACAGGUCAUGUAGCCGUGCUCAAUCUUAGUACAUGGUCUCUGACCGGUAAGAUUAGUCCUUCAUUCCUUGAAUUGCAGCAUUUGGAGUAUCUAGACUUGAGUGGAAAUAACUUUGGAGGGGAUUACACCCCAAUUCCUAAUCGUCAUCUUGGAAACGUUUCCAGUUUACAGUAUCUUUCUCUAGGCGGGAAUUAUAACUUGAGCGGUGGGAAUCUUGAAUGGCUUUCUUAUUUUCCAUUGUUAAGACACCUUGAUCUUAGCAUGGUUGACCUUAGUGAAGCAACCAAUUGGCUAGAAUUAGUCAGUGACAAGCUUCCUCUCUUGGAAUACUUGAGCUUAAGCGAUUGCUACCUUCUGAAUCAAGUUCCUCCAACACAUCCUUUUAAUUCUUCUCUGUAUCUCACCGUCGUUGAUCUCUCUAACAAUCAUAUGUCUUCUUUGAUUCCCGAUGCUUUCGGGAAAAUGAUAUCCCUUGUGCAUCUCAAUCUUGCUUACAAUGACUUCGUUGGUAGAAUUCCAAAGUCUUUUGCUAAUUUGAGUCGUUUGGAAUCGCUGGAACUGAAAUGGUCCCAUGUGAUAGAACAAGUUGCCGUGGUUCUUGAUAAAUUGUCGGGGUCAGAGAAGUCGUUACAAAUCUUGAAUUUUGAUUCUAAUCAACUCAGUGGUACUGUACCUGAUUUUACAAGGUUUUCAUCCCUUAGGGAAUUGUAUCUUGGUGGUAACAAACUCACUGGGGCUUUUCCUAAGAGUUUCCGACACGUGCUUCCGAAUCUUGUUGUCCUGGAAUUCUACGGAAAUCAAAUUUCUGGGAUGCUUCCUGAUUUGAUCACCAUGUUUCCAUUUCUAACACGGUUAGAUCUUUCGAACAAUUCCUUAAAUGGGACCAUUGACAAAAGUAUUGGACAACUUUCGAAGAUGGAACAUUUGGACACCUCUCUGAAUUCAUUGGAAGGCAUUAUCUCUGAAAGCCACUUCUCAAACCUCUCUAGCUUGAAAUAUUUGGACUUCUCUCAUAACCAACUAAUUUUCAACAUCAGCUCCAGCUGGAUUCCUCCUUUUCAACUCGAUGUUAUACGGUUAGAAUCUUGCAAGUUGGGGCCUGACUUCCCAGAAUGGCUUCGAAAUCAACACAAUUUCUCCGAGCUUGAUGUCUCUGGAGCUGGAAUUUCUGAUGUGGUCCCGAAUUGGUUUUGGGAUCUACCUCCCAACUUGGUUAACAUAGAUAUCUCUCGUAACCAGAUGAAGGGCUUGGUGCCUGAUUUAUCUUCUGCGGUUUCCUUAUUCAAAAUAAAUUUAAGUUCAAACUGCUUUACAGGCCAAAUACCGCGACUUCCUUCCCGUUUUACAGGUUUAGAUCUAUCCAAAAACUUGUUUUCGGGAUCCAUUUCGUUCAUAUGUGCAAUUACCAGCCCUAUAACCUGGUAUGUUGACCUCUCAAGUAACCAAUUAUCGGGAGAGCUUCCCAACUGUUGGGAACCUUUUCAUGCACUACAAAUGAUCAGUUUGGCCAACAACACUUUAUCCGGUGAACUUCCUAGAUCAUUUGGUAACUUCUUUAACCUCAAAGCAUUGCAGCUAAGCAACAAUAAUUUCUCCGGGGAAUUGCCUGAGUCCUUGAAGAAUUGCCCGCAUUUGAUAAUUAUGGAUUUGGGAGAAAACAAAUUCACCGGAAAAAUACAACCGUUGUUGGGGUCACAUAUGCCGAAUUUAAUGAUUCUUAGUAUACGCUCCAACAAAUUCUAUGGAGACGUACCAAGAGAUAUUUGCCUCCUUAACUCCCUCCGCAUUUUGGAUUUCUCUCAGAAUGAUUUGUCAGGAAAGCUGCCACGGUGUUUUGACAAUUUUACUGCUUUGGUUCAAAGAGAUUAUAGCGUGAAAGAAACCGCCGAUUUUGCAUUUUACAGCACCAUUUACCUGGGGAUUGUAUUGGUGCAAUGGAAAGGACAAGAACGGGGGUACCAAAGAAGACUCAGACUCCUAAAAAUGAUUGACUUUUCUAGCAACAAAUUUUCUGGGGAAAUUCCACAAGAAAUCGCUAGCCUUGCAGAGUUGAUCUCCUUGAACUUGUCCAGAAACGAUUUUACCUGUAAAAUUGUCCAGAACAUUGAUGGAAUGAAAAUGUUGGAAUCUCUUGACUUGUCUAGAAAUAGACUUUUUGGCAAGAUUCCUCCAACCCUGGCUGCUCUAAAUUUUCUAGGCGUGUUGGACUUGUCGAACAACAACUUGUCUGGAAAAAUCCCAACAAGCACCCAACUGCAAAGCUUCAAUGCCUCGGUUUAUUCUGGGAAUGCUCAACUUUGUGGGGAUCCACUUCCAGAUAAGUGUCCAGGGGAAGAACAAGGCGGCAAGAAAGGGAUUCAAGAAGGAGACGAUGAGGACUGGUUUACUACACCGGCCUUUUAUAUCAGCUUGGGCGUUGGCUUUGCAUGUGGAUUCUGGGCAAUUGUUGGCACAAUUCUCUUUAGCAGUGUGUCAAGAUAUGCCUGGUUCAAGUUCUUGGACAAAGUAGCAGAUUGGUUGUACGUUACCACAGCAGUGAACUUUAAUACACUGAAGAGGCGACUUCGGGGCUAAUCGGUAUGUGUCUUUCCAAGGAAAGCUAGUAUACCUGACCUGAGGCACCGACUGCUUGGAAUGAAUUUUCGAUCGACGGUGUGGAAGUCUUUGAUACCAGCUCUGAGUAGGCCUGUGUUGAGGGAAAGGAAAGUAUCAAAUGAAAUAACGUUUUCCUUCUUCAAGGACUGGGAACUCAGUUCUACUAUGUUUUGUUUGUCCCAUUUUUGGUCGGACUUGUCGGUAAAACGACAGGAAGGGUCUCGUUUGAAGUAUUGUAUUGUAUAUAUCCUACAAUUAAUGUCGAGCAAUAAGAAACGGGUUUGGAAUUUUAUUCCAU